UAUGCUAUCAUGUUUACCUCAGCACUGAUUAAAUGCGCUCUUUUUACUGCUUUUUUCGUAAAUACAAUAUUGUGUGAUAAUGAGACUGAAGAAGACGAACAUGCUUUACAUACUUAUUCUGUGGAAAUGUUUAACAACGCCAUUCCGACUGCUCCACACUUCGUGAUGUUCUUCGCUCCUUGGUGUGGUCAUUGCAAGAGGCUGCAGGGGACCUGGAAUGAGCUGGCAGAUAAAUACAACAGUAUGGAAUCUCCACCUGCCUAUGUGGUCAAAAUCGACUGCACUAAAGACACAAAGUUUUGCUCAGGUCAUGGUGUUCGUGGAUACCCAACUUUAAAGCUAUUUAAACCUGAGCAGGAGUCUGUGAAGUAUCAGGGCCCAAGAGACCUGAAUUCUUUGGAGACCUGGAUGCUUAAAACUCUCCAGGAGGAGCCAGAGGAACCACAGAGUGAACCAGAACCUCCCAAAGUGCCAGAACCCAAGCAUGGCCUGUAUGAGCUUACUGCUUCCAACUUUAAAAGUCAUAUUUCCACAGGCUCUCACUUUGUGAAAUUCUUUGCGCCAUGGUGUGGCCACUGCAAAGCUAUGGCUCCUACAUGGGAGCAGCUAGCUACCACCUUCGAACACUCAGACUUGGUCAAGGUUGCCAAGUUGGACUGCACUCAGCAUUACGAGAUCUGUUCAGAAAAUCAAGUGCGUGGAUACCCUACUCUGCUCUUCUUCACUAAUGGAGAAAAGGUAGAUCAGUACAGGGGAAAACGUGAUCUGGAGUCCUUUAAAGAAUUCGUUGAUAACCAGUUAGCAGCGAUUGCUGCCAAGGAUAAACCUGCUGCUGAGGAUAAACCUGCUGCUGAGGAUGUAAGAGCCAAUGAAAUACCACAGAACACAGAGCCUGAUAAGGAAGAGUCCUCUGUUGUGGUUCUUACUGAAAGCAAUUUUGAUGAUGUUGUUUCUAAGGGUUUAGCAUUCAUCAAGUUUUAUGCUCCAUGGUGUGGUCACUGUAAGAACCUGGCUCCUGCUUGGGAGGACCUAGCCAAGAAGGACUUUCCAGGCCUUACUGAUGUCAAGAUUGCUAAAGUAGACUGCACUGUUGAGCGAACACUUUGUGAGAGAUUCUCAGUGCGCGGAUACCCAUCUCUAUUCAUAUUCCGGGCGGGCCAGCAGGGUGACGAGUAUAACGGUGCUCGGGACUUGGAAAGCCUGCACAGCUUUGUUAUGAAGCAGGCCAGAGAUGAGCUGUAGCUCCACGUACGUCACGCCCUGUUCGGAUACAAACAUGAUCUUGUUUUCGACACGGCAAGAAUGUAUUUUCAUUACUGAAAACGGCAGAAAUUUACACAACUUCCAUUUGCUGAUGUCCAUGUCAUGUUAUUAUUACCAGUGAGAAGAAAGGUACUGUUGAUUGACUACAAGUUUUCCAGUAAUAGAAGUACAGUGCUGCGGAAAAAAAUAUCACCAGAUUUCUUUUAUUUUUGCUAAUUUAUCACGUACAAAUGUUUCAGAUCUUCCACCUAAUUUUAAUAUAAGAUAAAGACACGAGUAAACACAAAAUACAGCUUUUAAAUCAUCGUUCCAUUUAUUGAAGAUAACGAUUUAAUUAAAACCUGUAUCACUCAUGUGAAAAGUGAUUGCUUUCCUAAACCUUAUAACUGGUUGUGCCACCUGUUAAUGGUUUUGCCAGCAUCUCAAUGGGAUUUAAGUCUAAAUUUUGAACCAACCACUUGUUACUUUUAAACCAUUCAAGAGUUUACUUGCUUGUGUGCUUUGGUUCUUUGUCCUGCUGCCUAAUCCAUCUUUAGGUCACAGACUGACAGGUGGACAUCCUCCUCCAGGAUGUUUGGGUUUUAACAAUUAUGGCAAUUCGUCCCGGUCCUGCAGAGGCAAAGCAGCCCCAGAACGUUUUAUCAUUGGCUCAUCAGUCUUGCAGAUUAUGUUGGUGUUUUUGGCCAGUGUGAGACAAGCAGUUAUGUUCUUAGUCAGUAGUGGUUUGCAUCUUGCAUCUCUCCAAUGGAUCCCAUUUUUGCCCAGUGUCUUUUUUGACUUAAUGCCAAGUAGGGAUGAAGAGCACUUUUCCCUUAAUAAAUGAUAUGAUCAUUUAAAAAGCAUUUUGUGUUUAUAUGUGUCUAAUAUUAAAAGUAGUUUGAUGUCUGAAACAAGUGUGACCAGUAUGCAGAAAUAAAAGGAAUUGGGGGCCAUUUUUUCCCCGCCAUUUUUUCCAUGCUCUCAGGGAGAACAUUUUCUUAAAUAUCAAACUGUGUUUCUCCACUCUUCCUCUAGUUAGUAAUGUUUGGGGUUUUGUGUAUUUAAAAACAGCACUUUGUUUUAAAGGCACGUUUUUCCAUUCACAUACUAUUGUCCACAAUAAUAUCUCUUCCUUUCAGUGUACCAUGCAGAUUCAUUAUUCAUUCAUUAUAGAAAUGCACAUUGUCAGAUCAUAUUGCAGUAGAGAGUAAUAUCGUCUCCCUUUUUCGGGCGGUGCCUAUGGAUUUUGUACUACUUUUUCUAAAGUGGCUUCAAAUUGUGUCACAAAUUUUGUAAUAAAAAACCAAAAAACCCUUUGA